AUGCUUGUUCAGUGCUGCAAAGAGCUUAAUGCCACCGAUCAGAAUGAAGACCGACGGACACCGGCAUCUGUAGGAGACUACUUGUUCAUUUCUGUUAACAAGGACAGAACCAGCUUUGAAAUACAUCGUCUAGUACAGAUAGCCACUCAAAAAUGGCUGAACGGCGAAGGGCAGCAGGAACGCUGGAAGCAACAGUUUAUCAGUGUUCUUUGCGCUGAACUACCGAACGGAGAAUAUGAGAACUGGUCAAGAUGCCGUACACUUUUGCCGCACGCUAGAUCAGCAGCAACGCAGCGACCAAAGGAGGAAGCGUCGCUGCAAGAUUGGGCUACAGUUCUGUAUAAAACCACAUGGUAUCUUCUGAGAAUGGGGAAUGGAUCUGAGGCGGAGAAGCUGUCUACUGCCGCGAUGAACGUGAGAAUAAAGAUUCUCGGUCGCAAGUAUAAGGACACCGCAGAUGCCAUAACAAUGGCAGGCUUAGCUUACGACUUUAUGGGCCGCUGGGAGGCAGCAGAGAAGCUGCUUAUAGAAACAAUGGAGACUCGCAAGCAGAAGCCAAGGGCGGAUCAUCCUUCUACCCUGACCAGCAUGGCCAACCUGGCGUCGACAUAUAGGAACCAGGGCCGGUGGGAGACAGCCGAGAAGCUGGAGGUGGAAGUGAUGGAGACGAGCAAGCAGAAGCUGGGAGUGGAUCAUCCUUCUACGCUGGCCAGCAUGAACGAUCUUGCGUUCACAUGGCAUCGUCUCGGCUAG